UUGGGUUGAGUUUUGCUAUAAAAAGGUGCCGGGAAAGUUAAAAAUUAUCAGACGAUUUUAUCAUCAACACUGAAGAAAGAUGGCUCGUACCAAGCAGACCGCACGUAAAUCUACCGGAGGAAAGGCUCCUCGCAAGCAGUUGGCUACCAAGGCCGCCCGCAAGAGCGCCCCAGCCACCGGCGGAGUCAAGAAGCCCCAUCGUUACAGGCCCGGUACCGUGGCUCUCCGUGAGAUCCGCCGUUACCAGAAGAGCACAGAGCUUCUCAUCCGCAAGCUCCCCUUCCAGCGUCUUGUCCGUGAGAUCGCUCAGGACUUCAAGACCGAGCUCCGCUUCCAGAGCUCUGCCGUCAUGGCUCUUCAAGAGGCCAGCGAGGCUUACUUGGUCGGACUCUUCGAGGACACCAACUUGUGCGCCAUCCACGCCAAGCGUGUGACCAUCAUGCCAAAGGACAUCCAGUUGGCCCGUCGCAUCCGUGGCGAGCGUGCUUAGAUUUCAAGUCGCACCACAAAAACAACCGGCUCUUUUCAGAGCCACACAACUUCCAAAAAGAGAAAAAACUAUGAUCUGUUUUAAUUAUUCCUUAAAUAUUUGUUUGUGGUUUA